CUCCUCUCAGAAUUAACAUUGAAGCUUCCUGCAAUAUCCCACGAACCUCAUCAUGAACCAACCUCCAACUUAUAUUUGUGUUGUCAGAUUUCUAUAAAACAAAGAAAUGCUGCAAUUUAUUCAUCACCAAUCCUAACUUGAUACAUAAGUCCAAUAUGUCUAAUAACAAUUCAAAUUUCGCACCUCAGGACUCGCCUGAGAGCGACUUCACCGCAGAACAGACCACUUUCGAACUGUCCGACUAUUUCACGUUUGAUCAGUGGUCAGAGGAUGAUCAAGCGGCUACAUUUUUCGGGACUGCUCCGGUUUAUCGAGCAAAUGAAGUAAUCAUAUCCGGAGGAACUACUGGCCAUGUUGAAGGGCCUAGUCACAAUGAAAGUGAAAGUGGUCGAGAGAGGAAGAGAGUUGCAUUCAAGACGAAAUCAGAAAUUGAGAUACUGGAUGAUGGAUACAGGUGGAGGAAAUAUGGAAAGAAAAUGGUGAAGAACAGCCCAAAUCCCAGGAAUUACUAUAAAUGUUCGAUCGAAGGAUGCCCGGUAAAGAAGAGAGUUGAAAGGGAUAGAGAGGAUUCGAGCUAUGUAAUUACAACAUAUGAAGGAGUUCAUACUCAUCCAAGCACCACCUAGUUUUAUGAAUUCUUCCCUGCAAAUAUGCUUCACCCACAGCCAGUGUUAAGUUGCAAAAUUGGUGUGAAAUCAGCAUGGCUAAGCAAAGAAGUAUGUUCUUGCAGUUUUGUAGUAUAAUUUUGCUUGUAGGAUCUUGUACAAUUAUCAGUCAGGUUUACAAGGAGAUUGAUCUCUUUGGUUUAGAUUAGAAGAAGUCUUUACACAUAUGUGCACAAUUUGUUCUACUUGAUUGAAGAAAUGUUGUUAUUUUAGCUUCCA